AUGAAGGUGCAGGCCACUGUCGCGUGCCUCCUACUAGUCACUGUGCCGUCGUGCACAGGGUCUGUCCUACGCUCGAAACAGAAAGGUUUUUUCGAUGUGGUAGCACAGACUGCGUUGCAAGCGGCAGGGGGCGCACUGCAAGGCAUUCAUGGGGCUCUGGCAAGUGCAGCUGGUGUCCAACCUGUGGCGGAAAUGGCCCCUCCACCGCCUUCUCUUAAUUUACCAGAACUGAAUGAAGAUCAGGCUCGAAAAAUUGACACUAUGCAGAAGAUCUUGGAGAAAAAGCUGCAGCACGCAAACGAACUAAAGGAGAAACUCCUGGCCGAUGUAGCGUACAUGAAAGAGAAAGGCUUGCUCGAGAAACCAACAGGAAUGGCAGCCCUUCAAGCCGCCGCCCCGACAGCAACUGAAGCUGCUGCCACGCUUGAAGGAUUCGAGGCCCCUAUUAUUUUCUUGGAGCCUCCGCCGGUUUCCCCCAAACAGCAGCUCGAUGCUGCAACAUCUGCAGAGGCCGCGCUGCACAUGAGUGGCGACGAUGCCAGCCCUGUAAUGAAGAAAGUGAAGGAAUACGAGAGGAAGAAGCUCGGCAUGAUAUCUGCCAAUACCCUUGAUGAAGUUCGCCGGGAGAUCCAACAAGUUCAGGCGGACAUCAAGAAACGAAAAGUAGAGCGUGAUGAACUGUACCAAAAGCUGAAGAAAAGCGGGCGCGAGCUGGCAAAGACCGGCUCAAAGAGGCUUCAGACUGAGGUCACGUUCGCCAAUAACGACUUGAAGGAAAAAGAUAAAGAACUCGAUAUUCUAGCGGACAAGCUGAUGAAGCUGAAACAGCAAGAAGCUACAUUGAUCAGAACCAAGGUAUCCCCAUUAUACUUCCAACGCUCUCAUACCACGAUGCAUGAUCGAACAGGGACCAGGAGAAGAAGCGACACAGGAAGAAGGUACACGGAGCCUCACACGUGUGAAAGACGACAGCACGAAAGUAUAUCCCUUUCAGAGGCGGAAGAGGAGGAAGAGGAUGAACUGGCAGAAGACUGA